UUCCGGCCGGGACGCAGAACCCGGGGCGGCUGCUGCAUCUGCCAUGGUGGGAGUCGGUUUCUAGCGCCCGAAGUCGGGCCAGAACUUCCUUUGCGGCCUAUUGGAUUCCUAGCAAAGGCUUACCUGUCCAAGUCAGUCGUGAAAAUGCACAUUAAGUCCAUCAUUCUCGAAGGAUUCAAGUCCUAUGCUCAGAGGACUGAAGUCAAUGGUUUUGACCCCCUCUUCAACGCUAUCACGGGUUUAAAUGGCAGUGGGAAAUCCAACAUAUUGGACUCCAUUUGUUUUUUGCUGGGCAUCUCCAAUCUGUCUCAGGUUCGGGCUUCUAAUUUACAAGAUUUAGUUUACAAAAAUGGGCAGGCUGGUAUUACUAAAGCCUCAGUCUCAAUCACCUUUGACAAUUCUGAUAAAAAGCAAAGUCCUUUAGGAUUUGAAGUUCAUGAUGAAAUUACAGUAACAAGGCAGGUGGUCAUUGGUGGCAGAAAUAAAUAUUUAAUCAAUGGAGUAAAUGCAAACAAUACCAGAGUACAGGAUCUCUUUUGUUCUGUUGGCCUUAACGUUAACAACCCUCACUUUCUCAUCAUGCAGGGCCGAAUCACAAAAGUAUUGAAUAUGAAACCUCCAGAGAUUUUGUCCAUGAUAGAAGAAGCAGCUGGAACCAGGAUGUAUGAAUACAAAAAAAUAGCUGCCCAAAAAACUAUAGAAAAAAAGGAGGCUAAGCUGAAAGAAAUUAAGACGAUACUUGAAGAAGAAAUUACUCCAACCAUUCAGAAAUUAAAAGAGGAAAGAUCUUCCUACUUGGAGUAUCAAAAAGUAAUGAGGGAAAUAGAACAUUUGAGUCGUUUAUAUAUUGCUUAUCAGUUUUUGCUUGCUGAAGAUACCAAAGAACGCUCAGCUGAGGACUUAAAAGAAAUGCAGGAUAAAGUUCAAAAGCUUCAAGAGGAAUUGUCUGAGAAUGAUAAAAAAAUAAAAGCGCUUAAUCAUGAAAUAGAGGAGUUGGAAAAAAGAAAAGAUAAGGAAAUUGGAGGUGUACUCCGAUCUUUAGAAGAUGCUCUUGCAGAAGCUCAGCGAGUUAAUACUAAAUCUCAAAGUGCCUUUGAUCUCAAGAAGAAAAAUCUGACAGGCGAAGAAAACAAACGCAAAGAGCUGGAAAAAAAUAUGAUUGAGGAUUCUAAAACUUUAGCAGCAAAGGAAAAAGAGGUUAAAAAGAUAACAGAUGGGCUGAACACCCUUCAAGAAGCAAGUAAUAAAGACGCUGAAGCUUUGGCUGCUGCACAACAGCACUUUAAUGCUGUUUCCGCUGGCCUGUCGAGUAACGAAGAUGGAGCAGAAGCAACUCUUGCUGGUCAAAUGAUGGCCUGUAAAAAUGACAUAAGUAAAGCUCAGACAGAAGCCAAACAGGCUCAGAUGAAAUUGAAACAUGCCCAACAAGAAUUAAAGACUAAACAAGCUGAAGUUAAGAAGAUGGAUAGUGGCUACAGGAAGGAUCAAGAAGCUUUAGAGGCUGUGAAGAAGCUUAAAGAAAAACUUGAAGCCGAAAUAAAAAAGCUAAAUUAUGAAGAAAACAAGGAGGAAAGCCUUCUGGAAAAGCGCAGGCAGCUGUCACGUGAUAUCAGUAGAUUGAAAGAAACAUAUGAAGCUCUCUUGGCCAGAUUUCCCAAUCUUCAAUUUGCCUACAGGGAUCCAGAAAAGAAUUGGAAUAGAAAUUGUGUGAAGGGACUUGUAGCUUCUUUGAUUAGUGUGAAAGAUACUUCUGCAACCACAGCUUUAGAAUUGGUGGCUGGGGAACGACUCUACAAUGUUGUAGUAGACACAGAGGUUACUGGAAAAAAGCUACUAGAAAAGGGGGAAUUGAAGCGUCGAUACACUAUAAUUCCACUCAAUAAAAUUUCAGCCACAUGUAUUGCUCCAGAAACCCUGAGGGUCGCUCAGAAUCUUGUUGGCCCUAACAAUGUUCAUGUGGCGCUUUCCCUGGUUGAAUACAAACCGGAACUUCAGAAAGCAAUGGAAUUUGUCUUUGGAACAACAUUUGUUUGUGACAAUAUGGAUAAUGCAAAAAAAGUAGCCUUUGACAAAAGGAUAAUGACUAGAACUGUAACUCGAGGAGGUGAGGUAUUUGAUCCUCACGGGACACUGAGUGGAGGUGCUCGAUCCCAGGCAGCUUCAAUUUUAACCAAGUUUCAGGAGCUCAAAGAUGUCCAAGAUAAGCUGAGAAUCAAGGAGAAUGAACUACAGGCUCUAGAAGAGGAAUUAGCAGGUCUUAAAAACACUGCUGAAAAGUCUAAGGAAAGUGAGGAGACCUUAAAAAACACCAAAGAAAUUCAAAGAAAAGCAGAAGAAAAAUAUGAAGUAUUAGAGAAUAAAAUGAAAAAUGCAGAAGCUGAAAGAGAGAAAGAGCUGAAGGAUGCUCAGAAAAAACUUGAUUGUGCCAAAACAAAAGCAGAUGCUUCCAGCAAGAAAAUGAAAGAAAAACAACAGGAAGUUGAAGCUAUCACUCUGGAACUAGAAGAGCUCAAGAGAGAGCAUGCAUCCUGUGAACAACAGCUUGAAGCUGUAAAUGAAGCCAUCAAAUCCUAUGAAGGUCAGAUUGAAGUGAUGGCAGUUGAGGUGGCUAAAAGUAAGGUAUCCAAAAUGUUGAAAGAUUAUGACUGGAUUAAUGCAGAGAAACACCUCUUUGGACUACCCAAUAGUGCCUAUGAUUUCAAAACUAAUAACCCAAAAGAAGCUGGUCAUAGACUUCAGAAGUUGCAAGAAAUGAAGGAAAAACUAGGAAGAAAUGUCAACAUGAGAGCUAUGAAUGUACUAACAGAAGCAGAAGAGCGGUAUAAUGACUUGAUGAAGAAGAAGAGAAUUGUAGAAAAUGACAAAUCCAAAAUACUUGCAACUAUAGAAGACCUUGACCAGAAGAAAAACCAAGCCCUGAACAUUGCUUGGCAAAAGGUGAACAAAGACUUUGGGUCUAUUUUUUCUACUCUUUUGCCUGGUGCUAAUGCUAUGCUUGCACCACCAGAGGGGCAAACGGUGUUGGAUGGUCUAGAGUUCAAGGUUGCCUUAGGAAAUACUUGGAAAGAAAACCUAACUGAACUUAGUGGUGGUCAGAGGUCAUUGGUGGCUUUGUCAUUAAUAUUGUCCAUGCUCCUCUUCAAACCUGCUCCAAUUUACAUCCUGGAUGAAGUCGAUGCAGCCCUGGAUCUUUCUCACACCCAGAACAUUGGGCAGAUGCUGCGUACUCAUUUCACACAUUCUCAGUUCAUUGUGGUGUCCCUAAAGGAAGGUAUGUUCAACAAUGCAAACGUCCUUUUCAAAACCAAGUUUGUGGAUGGUGUUUCCACAGUAGCCAGAUUUACUCAGUGUCAGAAUGGAAAGGUCCCAAAGGAAACCAAGGCCAAGGCGAAAGGACCCAAGUGAUCACAUGUGGAAGUUUAAAGUAUGAAUUUACUUCUUCACCUUGACCUGCUUUUUAAACAGACUUUUUAAGAACCUGGGAUUUAUCUCGUUUGUUUAUAUAAAGAUUUAAUGUUUUUUAUUACUUGAUCCAUAGUUUCUCUUCCCUUAUAUAAUCACUUAUAAAUGAACAUGAUUUCUCUUUUCUUAACUAUGGUCCAAUUACUGUGAUUUUAUGCAUGUCAUCAAUUAUUUUUCUUACACAGGUCUUGUAGAGUAGGGAGCCUGAGAUACCUGUUUGGUGGGAAAUUCCGUUUGUAAAAACAAAAAUACAAAGAAACAGGUAAAAUUAGCUUAUGGGAUAAAUAUAGCUGAUAAUCAGCUUUUAGUUUAAUUCCUAAGAUAAUAUUAAUGUAUUUUCUAUUGCUAAUAAAGUCAUUAGGUAAGGAAGAAUAAAAAAGCAAGGAUCUGGACCAACAACGGGAACACAGAGCAAAGUGUUAGGCACAUUCUGAGCUAUUUGUGGUUAGUUCCUUGAGAACACAAUGCUAGAUCCCUGAUUCAGACUCAAACGACAGAAAUCAAGUCCUAUUUCCCAUUUUGUGAUGUUUGAAUAUCAUGUUUCUAGAUGCUCAGUAAUUGAUCUGUACAUGCGUACAUUUUUAAAAAACCUUUAUAAAUAUUUCUGUAGGAGUUUAGGAGAAAGGUGUGUUGCUUGCUGCUCUCUGGUGCAAGUUUAUCUGAAGUCUCCCAAUACUUCUGUCAGCCUUUUCAUAAUCUAAUCAAUAACAAUCUAUUGUUGGAUGUGAAUGUAGAAGCCAACAGACCAAAUAAAAUUUACCUUUUUCUUCAGUCUAA